CGUACGGUUCGAAAUAGCUUGGAAAGCGGACGCGGACGCGGGUCGUGGGUAUAUUUUCCGUAGCGCCAACACUCCGGAAUAGUGUGUUGAAAAAAUGCUGGAAAAUCGGCUUACCAACGGAGGGCCAAAUGCCGGCGGCACUCGAACCGGGGCGUAAUUGAAUUCCAGCUUCGGUGGAUUGGAAAAAAAAUAUAUAACAAAAUUAUAAAAAAUAUAAAGAAAUUGAAUUUCGUUUUAAAACAAACACGCAGAAGCGAUAAACUAGCCGUUAAAUUGAAUAUACAAAUUGGGUGUUUUGACUAAAACUAAUAAACAUAAACAAGUGAGGCGAAAGCGGAAUUUAUUUUUAAAUACAAUUGUUUUUCGGCUGCCUGCAAAUUGGCUGACAUUGCUCAUACGCCGCGUUGCCGCUAGGUGAAAAUUCAAGGGGGGGAGAAUAUAACUCACACUAACUAGUUCCUGGUCGAGAAGUUGGCAAAUGGAAAGCAAAUAGGAGAACGAAAAGGGAUACGCAACAUUAACUACGAGAGCCCGCAGCCAAAGGGGCCAGGACCAAGCACCAAGGACCACAAACAAAGAAGAUAAGCAUGGAAAACCGCAGCAGUGACUUCGAGGCGGACGAUUACUCCGAGCUCGCCAGCUCUUGGGGCAACUGGAGCACCCCCGCCGCCGCCGUCUUGUACUCCGCCAUGAGCAGUGUCCUCGCGGUGACCAAUCACACACCGCUGCCCGACUUUGGCCAGGACUUUGCCCAGUCCACCGGCAGCUCCUUCAAUCACAGCCAAACUCUCUCCACAGACCUGCCCCCAGUCGGCGUGGGUGCGGAUAAGGAUGCGGCGGCGGCCAUGGAGACGGCCGGCUCUUUUGCAUUCGUGGUCCCGUGGUGGCGCCAGGUGCUUUGGAGCAUACUCUUCGGUGGCAUGGUCAUUGUGGCCACCGGCGGCAACCUAAUUGUUGUCUGGAUUGUGAUGACAACCAAGCGGAUGCGGACGGUAACCAACUAUUUUAUAGUGAAUCUCUCCAUUGCCGACGCCAUGGUCUCCAGCCUGAACGUCACCUUCAACUACUACUACAUGCUGGACGGCGACUGGCCCUUCGGCGAGUUCUACUGCAAGCUCUCCCAGUUCAUCGCCAUGCUGAGCAUCUGCGCCUCCGUCUUCACCCUGAUGGCCAUCUCCAUCGACAGAUACGUGGCCAUCAUACGGCCGCUGCAGCCACGGAUGAGCAAGCGAUGCAAUUUGGCCAUUGCCGCGGCCAUCUGGCUGGCCUCCACGCUCAUCUCCUGCCCCAUGAUGAUCUUCUACCGGUCAGAGGAGGUGCCCGUGAAGGGCCACAGUCCGCGCACCGUGUGCUAUCCAGAGUGGCCGGAUGGCCAAACCAAUCAUUCAACGCUGGAGUCCAUCUACAACAUCCUCAUCAUGAUACUCACCUACUUCCUGCCCAUCGUUUCCAUGACGGUCACCUAUUCGCGCGUGGGCAUCGAACUCUGGGGCUCCAAGACCAUCGGGGAGUGCACGCCGCGGCAGGUGGAGAAUGUGCGGAGCAAGCGGCGGGUGGUAAAGAUGAUGAUUGUCGUCGUUCUGAUAUUCGCCAUAUGCUGGCUGCCCUUUCACAGCUACUUCAUUGUGACAUCCUGCUACCCGGCCAUCACCGAGGCGCCCUUCAUCCAGGAGCUGUACUUGGCCAUCUACUGGCUGGCCAUGAGCAAUUCCAUGUACAACCCCAUUAUAUACUGCUGGAUGAAUUCCCGCUUUCGUUAUGGCUUCAAAAUGGUCUUUCGCUGGUGUCUGUUUGUCCGUGUGGGCACGGAGCCUUUCAGUCGGCGGGAGAACCUGACGUCCCGAUACUCCUGCUCCGGCUCCCCGGAUCACAACCGCAUCAAACGCAACGAUACCCAGAAAUCGAUACUGUACACCUGCCCCAGCUCACCGAAGUCGCAUCGAAUUUCGCACUGCGGAACUCCUCGCAAUACGACGCUGAGGAAUAGCCAGCAGCCGGAGAAACAAUCCGGCAGGAAGCGGUUGUCCUACCAGCAGGAGCUGCAACAACGCUGGACAGGGCAGGGCCCAGCCACCAAUGCCGGCAGUAACUCCAACAGCAAUACCACUCAGCUGCUCUCCUGACAGCCGGCCAUCCAGGUGGUGCCGCCGGAGAGUUUGGAGCUGCAAACCCAGAUUGUCUGCUCGUCGCCGUACAACAACAACUACCGGCGGGGGAAUCCCGGAACGGAACGAGACUCCAGCGAUGACAAAACCUGGCUCUAAGCUAACUUAAGGUCUCGAAUUUUUACUUUUACCAUGUCGUUGGACCUGAAUUACCCUAGUCUAGACUUCAAUUCGUUCUAAAAGAAACAGAAACUAAGUUAGGAUAAAAAACUUUGCCGAUUUCAGUCCCCCUUGACAUAUCACAGACCCAAACAAUUUCGAAUUUCCACCUCAAACACUUGACAAAAAAACACAUAGGUUCGUGCAAGGAAAGACUAUAUUGAAUUCUACGAGUAUAAAACAUUUUCAUACACCAAAGAGCAUGUCCAUUUAACGUUUAGCUACAUAAUUACGGAGUUACGGAAGCCACUGAUCCACAACGUGCAACUUGUAAAUAUUCGGAUUGGUUCCUAGGCCCAGUUUUUUAAUUGUUCUCAAUGCUGCUUACGGCUGCUUGCUUAAGUUGUAAUAAAAACCAAACAAAUGACUAUGAAUGUGUAUAUGUGCGUGUAAAUAUAAAUGUCUGAAUAUAUAAACCGAUUGCGAAUAAAGCGUCUUUCUCCAUCAAAA